AUGUUUUUUUCUCCGCACCUCUUUCAUUUCUGGUAUAUUUUUUAAAGACACGUAAUUAUUGUCUUUCAUCGAAUUGAAAAAUACGAACCAGUUGAUAUGUAUAAAAGGAGCAACGAAGUAGAUUCUUGAUCAAUCUGUCGUCUACAUCAUGGAAGUCACUAAACUGAAACUCGGCGUUGAGGUCCAUGGUAUAAAACUGAAAGAUGAAGAAAGCUUCACAGACGAAUUCAUUGAAGAAAUCAAGAAGCUAGUUCAUGAAGAGCGUAUUGUGAUUUUCAAAGAUCAGGGUGAAAUAAGCGGACAGAAGCAAGUGCAGAUCAGUAAAUGGUUUGGGGAUCUUGAUGGUACAGUUUUUAAAGGUGAUCCACUAUUUGCUCACAAGAAGUGCCCACACCCAAGCGUUCACAGGAUAUCCAACGACCCAGAAGAAGGAUGUACGAACGCUGGACGAUCCGGAUGGCACAUUGAUGGAAUAUAUGUUGAAGCACCAUAUAGCUACGCUUUAUACCACAUGCCGUCCGUGCCGAAAAAAGGCGCCACAGAAUUUGUUGGCUUCAAGGAGUUGCUAGACAGUAUACCAAAUGACAAAAGGGAGAGAUGGGACAGACUGUGGAUGGUCAAUGAUAAAGGAGAUAAACUGGUCCAGCCUCUGGUUUAUUUACAUCCUGUCACUAGACUGCCGGUAAUGUGUAUCCAUCUUGGAAUGACGGAAGCUUUUAUUUGGGACAAAGAUACUCCGAAUGAGAGAAGAACGGAUAAGGAAGAAACUAAGGAGCUAAUUGAGGAAAUCACAAAUGAGAUCGAGAAAAACGGGAAGGAAUUAGUAUACUCACAUGAGUGGGAAGAGGGCGAGUUCAUCAUCACAGAUAACUUGGCUGUAGGUCAUUUUGCCAGCGCAGACUCCCAGAGACCGAGGUCAGAGGUUGGACUCCGAGUGCUACAUCGUACAACCAUCAAAGGCACGACUAAACCGAGCAAAACAGAAAAGAUAUAGAAAACAGAAACUAUUUGUUGAUUGGAUUAUUCCUUCCAUAAUUGUAUUAACAAGUGAAAUUAAUACAAAAUUACAACGCAGUUGCCUUAUCAAAAGCCAUCACAAUAUAUAAAAUUAUUUUAUACAGUAUACUAGUUAGGCAUAGGAAAAAGAGAUCAAUAUAAUUGCACCUUUACUAAUCCUACCAGGUGUUCUGUAUUACAAAAGUGCUUCUAUUGUGACAUUUUGAUACAAGCAAAACUGUAUUAUCUGCAGUAUAAAAUACUUACUGGUAUUUCAUUUUAUUAUCGGCUUGUUAAAAGUUAAUUUUUACCAUAAGUAAGUUGACAAAAUCAUAGGAACCAGUGGUUCAGGGGUAAAUCAAAUACAUAUUAAUAAAUCCUAAACGAUUUUGUUGUGCAAAAAUGUAUAAUAUUGUGUCUUAAACCGUUUUCGUUUUCUACUCUAUUGUGUAAUUGCAAGGGAAGUAAACUAAUAAAUAUUUCUGCUUUAAAGUACUAGCCCAAGGCAAGUGUUGACAUUCUUUGCGGAUCACAACUUUGAAUUAAAUAUUAAAAUUUCUGUUAUUGAUAUUAGCAAAACUAUCAUACAUUGCACAUUUGUGAAAUCAUUUUUGUUAAUUUCAAGGACUUGGAAAUCAAUUUCUAGACAUUAUUUUAUGUAUUUCUAUCAAUGAAAAUGUUAGGGUCUGUCUCUAUACUAGUACCAUGGCUUACAGAUUUUAUUACAAACAAAGACAAAUAUCAAACAGGGAAUGCAACGUACCAAAAUCGCAGCCUCCCCAAAACGAAACCUACAGCACGCAGACGUGCACACCACAAACAUACACACAUACACGUGCACACACACAAAGCCAACACACGAGGACAAAACGAACAAAGGAACACACAAACAUACACGCGCACACACACAAAGCCUACACAAGAGGACAAAACGAACAAACAAAGGAACACAGUGGGGCACCGCCUUUGAACGGUCAGCGUCAAAAACAAAUCUACGAAUGAAGUCGGAUAAUGUUCGCAUUUUAAGUGGGAAUGCCAACGGUUAAUCAGUUAACCGGUUAACCGUUCGAACUUCCGAUUAUCUAUUAGUCAAACCGGUAGCGGGUUAAUUGCUUUAAUUGAAAA